AUGUGUUCUUGCAAGUCUGCUGCUACUCCUGUUGAUACUAAGUCUAAGCUUAAUGCUUCAACUGGGAAGCCACUUGCUGAUCCUACUCUUUAUCGUCAUCUUACGGGUGCUCUUCAAUAUCUUACAUUAACUCGCCCGGAUAUUUCUUAUGCAGUUCAACAGGUGUGUUUAUUUAUGCAUGUGCCGCACAAUCCUCAUUUUCAUUCCCUUAAGCGUAUCCUUCGAUAUCUUAAGGGCACUCUCGACUAUGGAAUACACUUGCCCUCGGCCCCUGAUAUUGGUCUUGUCUCCUACACUGAUGCUGACAGGGGCGGGUCCCCUGAUACCCGGUGUUCUACCUCUGGUUACUGUGUGUUUCUUGGUAAUAAUCUUAUUUCGUGGUCCUCAAAACCGCAAGCUACUUUGUCUCGUUCUAAAAGGUGGCUCAUAUUGUUACUGAGACGACAUCGAUUCAAGGUUGCUCUUGGCCAUAUCCGUGUACUCCAUGUGCCUUCUUCUUCUUCUUCUUCUUCUCAGUUUGUAGAUAUCUUCACCAAGGGUCUUCCUCAACCCUUGUUUACUAAUUUUCGUUCCAAUUUGAGCAUUCGUCCACCUCAUGCUCCCACUGUGGGGGUGUAUUAG